UGUUUAGACUCUCCUGAUGUCGUGGCGCUCGGGGACAAGAAGUUGGUGCUCAGCGGGGCCCUGGGACUGAGGGCGAGGUCUGAGUGAUCCCGAAUCCUCUCCUACCCGCUCCACUCUUUCCGCCCCUCCUCAGGCAGAAUGAGGCGUGCAGGCCUGGGUGAAGGAGCACCUCCUGGCAACUAUGGGAGCUAUGGCUAUGCUAACAGUGGGUAUAGUGCCUGUGAGGAAGAAAAUGAGAGACUCACUGAAAGUCUGAGAAACAAAGUAACAGCUAUAAAAUCUCUUUCCAUUGAAAUAGGCCAUGAAGUUAAAAAUCAAAAUAAAUUACUAGCCGAAAUGGAUUCACAAUUUGAUUCUACAACUGGAUUUCUGGGGAAAACUAUGGGAAAACUGAAGAUUUUAUCCAAAGGGAGCCAAACAAAGUUACUGUGCUAUAUGAUGCUGUUUUCACUGUUUGUCUUUUUUGUCAUUUAUUGGAUUAUUAAAUUGAGGUGAUGCAAAUAAAUGUGAGUCUGGAAUUUAUUCCAGCUAAUGGCUUGAAAUACCACUUUGUUAAAAAUCAGCAUAAAAACAUUCCUCACUCUCAAAUAGUAUAGCCUUUUCCAUUCAAGAUUAUUGGAUUCUACUUCUUUUAUAAAUCACAUUAGUAAGGCAAUGCUUUUUAAUACUGUUUCUUACUGACUCAUUUUAACCCCUAUUUUCAGGGGUAUUGAGAUGGCCUGAGAUCAGUGGUUUACCAGUUUUUGUUUUCCCAUUUUACUGUUAAAUUGAGUAGCAGAAGAAUAUGUGUUGUCACCAUAAAUGUAACUUAUGUUGCAUGUAAAGAAACUAGUGGGGGAGCAAUAUAAUGCCUGGAAAGAACCUGAUAUCAAACUCCUGAGGUAGUGAGCCAGAAUAUGAUAGAUUGGUAAUUUUAUUUCCCUCAUAUGUCAACAACUAUGAUGAUCUGCUUUCCCUUCCUCCUUUGGCAAAACCUGUGGGCCAUUUUCUUUUUACCUAACACUUUCUCAUUAAUUUUGAUUAUAUGAUUCUUCUGUCUUUGUCCAAAACCCUCCUUCUUUAAUAAAACUUCCACAUGCUACUAGUACGGCCAAAAUUUCAUGUGUAUCCAUAUAGUUAUUGUUUUAUAUUGAUUUUAAAAAAUCCAUGGACUUUCUUUAUUAUAGCUUCAUGGUUUUACCUACUUAGGUAGGCAAUUUGAUUAUCAUUUGUAACAGAAUUUAAGUGAAAUUAAAUAAUUGCUAAGCUGUGAGUGGAAAUCAGAUGUUUAAGCAAAAUGAAUUGCCCUGCUUUAUUAUGUGCUGAACAUAGCUAUGAAAAUACUCAGGCAUUCAAGUUGGAGUCAAGAGGAUUGUUGUUUUAAUCAUCAUAUUUGUAGCAAGUGUGACCAAGAUGGAUAUGGGUGGAAAAGAAAUACUAAAUUCUGUGAAAAUACUCUGUAUUGGUCCUGUUUUGGAAUAACCUAUUUAUAGUUUCUAGAAAUAAAUUUUUAUGGGGAUAUA